AUGGGAGCCCAAGAAAUCGCGUCCAUUACAGCCCUCAUCCAAAAGUCCCGUACUGUCAUCAAAUAUCUCAAGGAUGUAAAAGGGGCACCUAAAGAAUGUAACGAGCUCAUGAGGGAACUACGGCAUAUGGAGAUCCACUUGUCUACCGUCAAAAUAAUCACGCUGCUAUCGACUGCAGGCGACCCAUGGUUGAUGAUAUUACAGCAGUUGAACGAUCCUUUCCGAGAGCUUACUGGAUUACUUUCUGGAAUCGAGAAGGGACUGAAGGUUACCUCGCUGUGGUGGAAAGGGGUGGGGCAGAGGCUCCAGUGGACAUUUGCUGAAUCGAGCGCGCAAGAGGAUUUGAUGAAGAUUGAAGAUAUCGGGUCAUUGAUUAUGAAUGUCAUUGGCCAGCACGAGGCCCUUGCGUUCUCUCUCAAUACCAAAGAAUACAAAAAAUCCAAGGAGGUAACAGAUUGGCUCACGCCUUUGGACUACAGUCCCGUUCACCAGGACAAGCUGAAACAACGUGUUGCGGGUACUGGACAAUGGUUCCUCGAGGCACCACAGUUUACGAGUUGGGUAGAUGGUAGCUCAAAGUCUUCUACUUUGUGGUGUCCUGGCGAUCCCGGCACUGGAAAGACAUUCCUCGCAUGCAUGGUUGUCGCUCAUUUGCACAAACGGUUCGGCGAAGAAAACAUCCCUAUUCUUCGUGUUUUCGGUGACUGGCAAAACUCGGAUGCCAAGACUGUACCCGACAUAAUUCGUUCCUUGCUAAAGCAGUUUAUACACAUACAAAACGGGCUUUCUCCCUCGCUCGACUCCCUAUACGAGAAGAAUAUCAAAGAUGAAACGAUUCCUUCCCUCGACGAAUUCAUGGACAUUCUUUCCAUCCAUCUGCAAGGAUACCGCCUCAUCUAUAUUGUGUUCGAUGGCUUCGAUGAAUUUGAUGGCAAUCAAGAACAUUUAAUUUCCGCGUUGAAGUCAUUCGGGAACAGAGUCCGUCUCCUUGUCACGUCGAGAAACAAUUCGGCCAUCCAACGGAUCUUUCAGGAAGAUGAAGAGCUACGUAUUCGAGCAGAUGGCAGUGAUAUCCGAAAAUUGGUCACAAGUAGGCUCGAUGAUAAUAAAAAUCUCAGGAUUCUCGUUAGGGACCACGAUGACCUGCGUCAGAACAUACUCACGGAAAAGGCCAACGGCAUGAUCCUCCUGGCAGAUAUACACACCACUGUACUCACCCAGGUCACUGGAGAUCGUAGGAAAUUUGUUGAGGAGCUUAAUGAACUCCCAAGAACUAUGGCAAGCAUGUAUAAGCAUUUCCUGGAAAGGGUCAACCAUAAGCCCGAGACAGACAGGGACAUUGCCAUUCGAACAUUCAGCUGGGUCGCUGUUGCCCAGCGGCCGCUGACAAUCUUGGAAUUACAAUAUGCAUUAGCUGUGCGACCAGGAACCGCGGAGCUCGAUGUUAUCCUCGAUUUUGACUAUAUCUCGAGUGUUUGCGUCGGACUUGUCGUCGUUGACAGACGAGGGUCUGUUGGAUUCACGUACCCUACAACUCGCGAAUACUUUAUUUCUCAAAAAGACAGGCUCUUUCCUGGUAUCGAAGAGCACAUAACGCGCACCUGCCUAACCUAUAUGUCAUUCGAUAUCUUUCGGUCACCCGACGUCCUUUCCCUCUCAAAGCCAGAGAUCUGCACAAAGUAUCCCUUCCUCAGUUACGCGUCGAGUAACUGGGCAGUUCACGCCAGGAAAUGUACACGAGGCUCCGUGGAAGAGGAGAUCCUCACUUUCCUACGGACUCAAGCAAACAUUGCUCUGUCUUUUGAACGGCCUCGAGACUCGGAACCAGAAAUACCACGCACUGCUGCAUGGUUUGCAGCACAUUACGGUCUAGUCAAUGUCAUGAAGGUUCUACUGGAUCGACGAGUUGAUCUGCGGCAUGAGAACGUAUUGUGCAUCGCAGCGCAUGCAGGGCAGCUCGACAUGGUAAAGUUGUUACUUUCGCGCUCUAAAGACAUGGAUGUGAAUCAGUCCGACAAGGUCACCUACCUCUACGAUUAUUCCAUCGAUCGCAACAGCAGCUCCAACAGACUCGGAGUACGAGCUUCUCGUCCUACGUUCUGCAUGCCUCUCAUUGCUGCUGCCUCGAAUGGUUAUGAAGAUAUUGUCAGGGCGUUACUGGAAUCCAAGCACAUGAGAUCGUUGAAUUUCUUUCCCCCUGGCGGACCCGCCGCACUAUCAGCAGCUAUAUUCGGUAACCACAUCGGAGUGGUUAAGCUCUUGCUAUCGCAGCCUGGCAUCGACACAUCUACCCAAUUUCUAGACGAAACUCCUCUUAUGGUAGCCAAAAGGAGAUGCAGAGAUGAUAUCGUGAAGGUGUUCAUCGAGCAGGGACAUGGCUUUGCUGACGACGACACCGGACGGUCUCCAGCGUAGUACCUUGGACCCAGGACACUGAACAUGGGUUGUCCAAUUCCUCACCUUACAGAGGAUCACCCCGUAUGUCUGCGAGCCAGCUGUAGAGUAUCUGCAGGGCGUGUACGCGUUUUUUGGCGUCUUAGUAGGCAUGAGGUGAUGAGGAAUACCGACGAAUGACCA